UUUCUUUAGACGUUUAGUUCACGUCCUGGUAUACUAACAACUUGUAUAUUCCAAGGCAAACCAGCGGUCCGGAAGGGACAAAUCAACUUCCAUCUUUCACGAAGUCAACCUACUGCGAAAGCUUAGGUCGAGGGACUGCCCUAAAGGAUGCGGCUGCAACAGCGUCAAGUAAUUGGCCGUUCUCUUCCUGUUUGCGUUCCGUGCGUGACACGGUGCCGGAAACUAAUCACAGUUCCGAGGGCAAGACCAACCCCUGCGGCUACUUCAGGCGCAGACCUUACUACUAGUUAUAUAAUUGAACCUGUCAGCUUUGGGGAGGAUGCUGUCUUGGAGUGCCCCGAUAUGCGUUCAAAGCUGCAGCCAAGGCCCAGUCCAUUCGUUGUGCAUAACAACUUUGGCGGCGGCUUCGUAUCGGACAACGAUCGAGUGGCCCUUAACUCGAUGCGCUUUGCGUCCGCUGAGUCAGCUGGUGCCAGUCGAACAUCCGGGGAGGGUCAGGCCAAGAGCAGCGUCAACGUUCUGGAGGCUUCCAUGGACCAACUAAAUAUGACGUUGCCGCCGUGGGCUAUCCGGGCGGGGGCGCGGAAGGAAAUAUUCUUUGAUCCGCAGCAGGUGACAGCGGCUAUCGUGACGUGCGGUGGACUCUGCCCGGGACUCAACGACGUGGUCCAGGGUCUCGUGAACAAGCUGACAGACUACGGCGUACCGGAGGGGAAGAUCCUGGGCAUUAAGUACGGCUUCAGGGGCUUCUACGAUCCCAGCGUCAAGCCCGUGGUCCUCACCAAGCGUGUCGUGGACGGCAUCCAGCUCCAGGGUGGGACUAUCCUGGGCACCAGCCGCGGGGGAGCCAACAUCAGGGAAAUCGUGAAGCGCAUUGACAUGUGGGGAAUCGACAUGUUGUUCGUGGUCGGCGGCAACGGCGGCAACGCAGGUGCCAAUGCCAUCAAUGCCAUGUGCCGCCAGCACGACGUGCCGUGCACCGUGGUUGGAGUGCCCAAGUCCAUUGAUAACGACAUCCUGCUCAUUGACAAGUGCUUCGGUUUUGACACGGCGGUGGAGGAGAGCCAGCGCGCGCUGCUGGCAGCCAAGGUGGAGGCCAGCAGUGCACGAAAGGGCAUUGGUCUGGUGAAGCUCAUGGGCCGCCAGUCGGGGUUCAUCGCCAUGCAGGCAUCCAUGGCCAGCGGUGUGGUGGACGCCUGCCUCAUCCCUGAGUUGAACUUCAAGCUCAAUGGGGACCAGGGGCUGCUGCGCUACCUGGAGGGGGUCAUCAAGAACAAGGGCCACUGCGUGGUGUGUGUGGCGGAGGGCGCCGGCCAGGACCUCCUCGAGGAUGGCGGGCAGUUGGGCACUGACGCAAGUGGCAACCCCAUUCUGAAGGAUAUCGGCGCCUUCCUUAAGGAGAAGUUCAAGGCCUACUUCAAGGACGCCGAUAUCAAGUACAUCGACCCGUCGUACAUGAUCCGCUCCGUGUCCACAACCACCAACGACCGCAUCUACUGCAAGAUCUUGGCACACAACGCCGUGCACGCGGCCUUUGCCGGCUUCACGGGUAUCACGGUGGGGCUGGUCAACACGCACUACGUGUACCUUCCCAUCCCGGUCAUCAUCCAGGCUCCUAGGAAGGUGGAUCCGCGCGGCAAGGCUUGGAACCGCUUGCGUGCCGCCAUUGGUCAGCCGAGCUUCACCUAAGCACGGAGCCCUUUGCGUUCCCAUGUAAUCGCUCAGUCACGUGGUUAGCCACGUGACCGUAGCGACAGCUUGACAUGCCGCUUCUGGGCGCUGGCGUCGAAACCGAAGAGAGUGCAUGUGGGCGCAGCUGCUGCCCUUACUGGCAGCGAGGACUGCAAAGACGGAAGCCGGGAUGCAUCGGAUGAUGUUUACUUGUGCCUCUAGACGGUGUGCCUCUAGGAAAAUAGCGAAUUCGAGCGAAGAAAGACUUGCAUGUUUAAGGGCGGAGGGGAAGGGAAGGGGGAGGGAAGCCGCGAUAGGGAAGAAGUCGUUGCAGCGUAUGACACGUCUUGCGACGCUGUUGCGGCGGCGAUGACCCCGAGGAAAGCACAUGGUGGAUUUUAUCGUCAUGCCAGGCGUAUUGUGGCGCAGACUGCCGACGUGCCCGUCCACCUGCUGUGCUCUUGCCGUUACUACCGUUGCUCUGGCGCCAUUCUCGUCGCCGUUAAGUCGCUGUGGCAAGUGCUUUUGGUGGGGCGUUGUUAAAUUUUGUGUGCUUCAGUGCUCAUUUGUGUCCCAAGGUAUCUGUAAUGCCCCCGCAGGCGUGUGUUAAGCUGCAAAACCAUCAUAGUCAUCAUUAGUGUCAUCGUGGUGUGUGGUGGCUGUAGCAGGGUAGGCAACAUCAACGUCAGAAGAUCUUUGAAGCGGAGUGCACAGAUAGAGAUACGGGUCGAGGAGAAAAGCUGAGUUGACAAGGACGGAGCGCUGGCGCUGCGCCGCUGCGUUCGCCAUAUUGGCGUCUGCAUGCAGCUCAUUAUUACGCCGUAUAUCCCGCACGCCCUCAUGCGCAUCCGGACCAGUGCAUAUCGCGGAAUUGGCCUUACUUGGCUGCCGUGUUGUGUUUCAUGGACCCGUUUUGGAGGAAGGCGGCGGCUGUGAUGCGCCUCUUGCGCCUGCUGUCCGGAACACGCGGGGAUGGAAGAGGGGCCUCCUGUGCAGGAUCAUGUAUCGGAGUGGGUUGUGGCACACCGUCGAUGAAUGUGGGUAUGUGGAAGGAUUGUGCUUGAGGCACGACAAUGAAUUGGGGAGUUUGGAAUUGGCUUGUCAGUGAUGCGGCAGGACGAGAAUAAUAUGUUAGGCACGGAGGGCCGCUGUGGGGGGAACAGCUCUAUGACGGAAAGCAGAUGUGUUCCAAGGACAAAUAGCCUACGUAAAUAUCGUGUGCGGUGCUUAACCACGAUGCCUAAGGAUGCAAUGGUUCGAUUCUUUUCG